GCUAUAAUACUUGAUGGACAGAAAAAAGCCAAAAAAAGAAUUUUCCUGUUUUUCUGCAUUUAUUUCAUCACAGGAAUUAUCACUUCUGGGUUUGGAAUAGACAACAUUGUGAUUGCAGGACUCUCAGACCAUAAUGUAUCAUAUAGUACUGUCGCAGCAAGUCAGGGGAGGGUCUACACCUUUCUUCUGCUAGAGGCAAUAUUUGUUCCAGUUCAAGGAUUUUUGAAUGCCCUGGCCUAUGGAUGGACACGUGAGGAUUUCCUAACUGCCAUGUCAUCACAACGCUCUCUGACUUCAUCAACUGCUGACUGGAGAGCCACUGCAGAGGAGGAGAAUGAUGAAACGGAUCAGCUGCAGAGCCAGCACUCUGUCUUGUCCUCAAGUAUAGAUGAAGGGGAACUAGAAGAGACUGUUGCUGAAAACGUGUAGCGGUUUGACAAAACAACCUCCUGCCUUGCAUGCAGCAAUGUCUUGCAUAAUAACCGUAUAGACUGUUUCAAACAGCAUUCAUGAACUGACAA